CAUGUUAGACUGUCAGACGGAUUGAAUUUGACAGAUCAACAAUUUAGGAAAUUGGUGACACCUACAAAAAUAAAGAUUUUUCAUGAAUUUUAGGUGAAAACUGCGUCAUUUACGUUUCUAAUCCAGAAUGUCAGCAGGAACUUACUAUUUCGUCAUCGUCGGGCACUCCGACAACCCAAUAUUUGAAAUGGAUUUCAUACCAGUCACUAAAGAACCCAAGAAAGAAGACAACAGACACUUGAAUCAAUUCAUAGCCCAUGCAGCACUGGAUUUAGUAGACGAACACAUGUGGAAGGUCACCAACACAUACCUGAAGUCAGUGGACAAGUUCAACCAGUGGUUUGUCUCAGCAUUUGUGACUGCGAGCCAGAUGAGGUUUAUAAUGGUCCAUGAUGCUCGCAAUGAGGACAAUAUCAAGAACUUCUUCACAGAUGUUUACGAAGCUUAUAUCAAAUUGAUGCUGAACCCCUUUUACAAGGAAGACACGCUCAUAACACUGCCAGCUUUUGAAAAGAAAGUCCAGUUUCUAGGCAAGAAGUAUCUAACAUAAGUAACUUUAGUCUAUAGUUUAAUGUGUAUUUAUUUAAAAUAGAAUAUUGUAUAAUCUGUUAUAUAAGGGAAACUGAUAAGUCUACAGAGAAUAUUACAGGAAAGUUGCUAUGUUGCUGCUGUCUAGUCUGUACCAUACUAUGUUGGUUUUGGCUUCCAGUCUCACUGGUUGCAGCAACUCCUCAUCUGACCUCAACCUGGUAUAAGCCAGACUAAAAUAUCAAUAAGCAGCAGCCGGUUAUUCAAGCUUUUCUUUCUGAAUAUGACUCUCAUUGUUAUGAAGUUGUUGAAUGUGCUUAUAAAAUAAUGUAAGUAUUAUAAAUAAAAGAUGUAAAUAUUUCUAAUAAUAAAUUACUUUUGUACCAAAA